GUUGUUGUUAGUAUUAUUAUUAUUGUUGUUGUUAGUAUUAUUAUUACAUCUGUGAGGCCCCGUUAUAAUCAGUGUGAGUGCGGAUGUGAGCUCUGGGCCCAGCUGACCGUCUCUGCAUGUGAAACUCUGGGAGAUUUCAGAGUUGAGUAACCUCACUGUGGCGCUGGGCGGGGCUUCCUCGGUGGGCGUGUCACAUAAAAACAGCAUAUAAACCUGUGCACUGCGCACGGACAGACACACCGAGCUCGAGACACACAGAGAGAGCACGAGCGCAACAGCUAGACAAACAGAGAAAGAGCACGAGACCCACACAGACAGACAGACAGACAGUCAUCAUGUGCAGGUCCGACCCUCAGAGCUUCACCCUGCCCGCUCGCAGGACCACCGAGCCCGAGAUCUUCACCUUCGACAGAAUCCCUGCAGCGCAGCCGGUGCAGCCAAUGCAGUGCGCGCGCCCUCGCCCUCGCCGCCGCCCGCUGCGCGUGCUGUACCCGAGCACGGGCCGGCGCUACCUGCCGCGCGCCGAGCGCAGCCCCGCCAAGCGCUGGCUGCUCGCGCUCUGCCUGGUGGUGCUGCUGCAGAUCUACUCCGAGGAUGACGUCGCCGUCGCGGCGGAGGACGACGUCACCGUCGCCGACGAGACUGCUGCCUUCGCGCUGCCGUUCGCCUCGGCCGAGGAGCGCGCGAGGCGUCUGACCGAGCAAGGAGAGGGGACGACGCCCGCGCGCACUCUUGACAACCUGCUGAGCUGGUGGCAAGACAAGACGUGCGCCCCUCCUGCGAGCCCGAGCACGAGCGCGAGCUGGCAGGGCCAGGCCGUGCGCGAGCAGAGCGCGAGGAACAACGGCGGCUACGUGGUGGCCCUGCUGUACCCGGUGUACCACAAACUGGGCAGCGAGCAGUGAGAGAGCGGCGGGAAAAACUCCAGCGGUUCUGCACGCAGAAAAGGCAGCUCGCGGGAGAAGCGGGAAAAAUAAAGAAAAAGCGCGAAUAUGAAGCGCGAAAGCAGAGGCGCGCGCGAGAGAGAGACACUGUGUGAGAGAGAGAGCGAGACAUUGUGAGAGAAUGGACUGGAUGACGGUGUGGAAUAAUGGCGCCCUGCCUGACAGAGAAAGAGAAAACGAGCGAAAGAGGAGCGGAGAGACUUCUCUGAGCUGUGUUGUGAUGUGAAAACGAUGACUUGAUGGCGACCAACCUGGCAGGAACUGUUUUUUUUCUGACGAAGCUAGCUAAAAAGUUGGAUAGGCAUUGGAAUUUUUCCGUUCCACCUUAAAUGCAGCAGUAACUGCUGCAGCAUUUAAGGUGGAGCGGAAAAAUUCGAUUAGCUCGUCAACUUUUCCGAAGUACUUGCACUUGAAACGAACUCUGGGAUGAAACUUGAAUGGCUGGUGUAGUUUACUUGAACAUUUCUUGUAAAAAAAAAAAACUUGUUUUUUUUUGUUUGUCACUACAAAACUAUUAUCCUGUCACAAGUUAGACCUGCCUGUUCGUCUACACGACCACAAAUCCUGCUGGAUGGCAGCCAUUAGGAGGACCCUGACUCACUGAGCACUACUUGAACUUUACACUAGUGUGUUGUUGUUUGUGUUUAUGUUUAUGAAAACGGUUAGUUGUACAUGUAGCUAUUUAUUUAAUGCUAUUUAUUUAAUUAAGUAAUUAAUAAUCUAUUAAUAUUGUCCGUGUUAUUUAUUUGAAUGUGUCUUAAGAAAAUAAACAUGUUGAAAUGUA